AUGGUAAUGGUUCCUGUUGUUAUGGCACAGCCCAUAAGUGGUUUUGGCGUCGGCAAAGUAUUGGAUUCUGGGCAUCCAGAUUUCAAGGUUGGUGACUACGUUUGGGGGAUGACUGGAUGGGAAGAGUACAGCCUCGUUAAUCUUUUGAAGAAGAAAUUUGGGUUUGAUGAGGCAUUCAAUUAUAAGAAGGAAAAGGACCUUAAUGCAGCGUUGAAAAGGUGCUUCCCUGAAGGAAUCGACAUCUAUUUCGAGAACGUAGGCGGAGCAAUGCUCGACGUUGUUCUUCUCAACAUGAGGAACCAUGGCAGAAUCGCCGCAUGUGGGAUGAUAUCUCAAUACAACCUUGAUAAACCUGAGGGUGUACACAACUUGAUGUUUGUUGUCACGAAGCGAUUGAGGAUUAAAGGGUUCAUUGCGUUUGAUUACUUGCCUAUUUAUGAUCAGUUUUUCCAGAAGACUGUGCCGUAUAUAAAAGAAGGAAAGAUCACUUAUGUGGAGGAUGUUGUGGAGGGGCUUGAGAAUGCACCUGCGGCAUUGAUUGGUCUGUUCUCGGGGAGAAAUGUCGGGAAACAGGUGGUGGUGGUUGCUCGCGAGUAG